CGCAGUUUCGCCGCACGAGGCCCUCAAAGUCAACUCUGGAUUUGCCUCUGGCUCCUGCAGACAAUUAUUGAUCUCACAUGGCAGAGCAACUUUCCCAUGCUGGAUUUUUUCGUUUCAUGCAAAAACGCGUUGAUUGAAUAUAAAUUUAUCAAUAUUAGAGAAAUGUUUAAAGAAGGGAAAUUGCAAGAAGUCACUGCAUCACCAUUCAUCUGCAGAAGCUGCAAUAUACAAUUAUGGGACCUGGAGCUGUUAAAACAGCACUACAAAUCUGAAUGGCAUAAGUACAACUUAAAGAGAAAGAUAGUUAAUCAACUACCGACCACAUUAGUGGAGUUUGAGACGUUAAAUAACAUGAAAAGUAAACUUGAACAAUCAAAGGAAAAUCGUUAUUGCACCAUAUGUUGCAAAAAGUUUAACACAAAGAAUCAAUAUGAGAAUCAUCUGAUCUCAAAGAAGCAUAAGGAAAAUUCUGACAAAUUAGAAAAUAGUGACAACAAAGUGUCCCAAGAAACUAAAAAUGUUAUAGGAAGCAUCAAUGAUGAUACGUCAGGUUUUGGCAAUUCCAUUUCGAUGAAAGAUAUAGUUUCCAAUAGGAAAACAAAUAUGGAGGUUAUAGAAAUUGAUUCAGUUGUAGAGUCUGUGGAUUCAGAUGAGUGGAUUAAGGAUACAGAGAAUCCUGUAGAUAAUAACAAUUGCCUAUUUUGCAAUCACCACAGCAGAUCACUAACACGUAAUUUAAAACACAUGACGGUUGCACAUACUUUCUUUAUACCAGAUCCUGAAUAUUGUGUGAAUUUGAGAGGUCUCUUGACAUAUCUGGGAGAGAAAAUAUUUGCUGGAUAUAUGUGCAUCUGGUGUAACGAUUCAGGCAAAGCAUUCCAAAGUACAGACGCGGCGAGGGCACAUAUGCUGGACAAGGGGCACUGCAAAAUGUUGCACGAGGGCGAGGCAUUGCUCGAAUAUAGCGAUUUCUAUGAUUAUUCGUCCAGUUAUCCGGACGCUGAGAAUGGCGAGAAUCCAGACGUAGAAGUGGCACUACCCGACGAAUUGGACGAUUUCGAUUAUCAGAUGAUGUUACCAUCUGGCAACGUAAUUGGCCAUCGGGCGCUGAUGACAUACUACAAGCAGAAAUUGAACCCGAAUAGUACGGUCGAUUUGUCGGUGAGCCACAAAAUGCGCAAGAUGUUACUGCAAUAUCGAUCACUCGGAUGGACAAAUACGAAGAGGCAAGAGGUUGUGCGGAAAGCCCGAGAUAUCAAGUAUAUGCAAAGGUUACAAGCCAGGUAUGCAACACAGUUGCAGUUUAAGGCGAACAAGUUGCAACGUCACUUUAGGAAACAAAUGAUGUUUUGAACUUUGGCCACUCUUGGAUGUUAUAGAAGACUGCGAAGCAAAGAUUCUUUUGUAUCACCGAUAUUGCUACGUUGUUGUAUUACAUGUUACGAUUGUAUUGUAUAUUUAGUGUAAAAAUAAACAAAUGUAUUUAUA